AUGGCGCCUGGUCUCACUUCUCCCGUCCCAGGAAACCUCUCCUCCUCCUUCUAUAAUGGCCUACCCGGCGGUGGUUCUUCGAGACAAGUGUCGUCCUUCUCUAAUCAUACUCACUUUGACAAUGACAACAUCUCAAAUACUGGCCAUUCCACUCGUCGAGAGUUCUCCAUGACGAAGAAGAUAAACGGCGCUGGAAAUUCCAAUAUCACCAGUGUGGUGCAGUCUCUAUACCGCCGCAGUGGUGAUGAGCUUGGAGCUUCUACCUCUUCCAAGCUCAUGAACACCACAUACUAUUCCCUCAUUGAGUGGAUUCGUGUUCAGCGUAUGAGCCACUUGCCUCCUGAAGGUAGUAGCUUUGACAAAGUUCUAACUUGGGCACAACUCUUCGUUGAGCGAUUGCACCAUUUUGACAGAGCUAUCGCUGAAUUCGCCGGUGACAGCUAUCUUGCCACACAGCUUUCCUAUGGAUAUUGUGGUAUGCUUCUCGAGCUUGGCAAAGAAAAUGCUGCCGCAUUGAUGAUCUCGUUUGGAUUUUUCUACAGUACUUCAUCCACACUUGUCAACCUUCUCGAACGCACGGAAUUGUUUGCUGUCUCACAGGAUAUCAAAGAGCAGCUUAUAUUAGCUCUGGCUGACCUAGUCACUCUGGUUUCCAGUGUUGGCACUCAUUACCACCAAGCGAUUUGUGGUUUGACUACUGCCUCCGUCACGGUCAACAUUUACAACACUUUUCCUGGUCAAAUACAGUCUUUCCGCGAGCGCUGCGGCAAGAUUGCUGAUGCCAUGUGGCGACAUCAGCUCUCCAAUGCGAACGCCGACCCGGAAAGACUAUCAGUUGUGAGGUCUGUUCGCACUUGGCUGGCCCCCGAGGACCAUGUCCUCGCUGAUCUGGCCGAGAACACAUCCCACCUUUCCCACGAACGCGAGGAGAUGACAUGUCUCUGGAUGAGCCCCUACUUGUCUCACUUGCUCAAAAACGAUAAGCGCACUCUAUCGUUUACUGGUCCUCCUGGUUCGGGAAAAACUGUCCUUGCUUCAGUCAUUGUCGACCGUCUACAGGACGCUAUCGGUGGUGUUCGCUACAAGUCAAUCUUUGUGCCUAUAAACGCCCGGAUCCCUGCGGAGACUACUUACAUCGCUAUCAUCAAGACUAUUCUGUUUCAGCUCUUCGAGAAGCGCAUCGGCAACGUCCCACUCUUGAAUAUCCUUGGUGAUGCCUACGAGCGUAGCAAGAGGACUGUCAGCGAAGCCGAGUAUGAAGCAAUUCUCUGGACGACCUUCGAGCGUGCUUUGUCAUCUGCUUUGCGUGGAGCGAAGGAGCUGGUCAUCAUCGUUGAUGGCAUCGACGAGGCUACUGGUGGCGAGACUAAUCUGCUGCAGAAGCUGAUCACCGCUACCACCAAUGCUACCGGCGUCAAGUUGAUCACCUUUGGUAGUCAAAAGCCCACUCAGACUAAGGAUCUGAUACACGUUCCCAUCAGUGAGGAGCGCAUUGCCGAUGAUGUCUCGAUUGUUGUGCGAAGCAACUUGGAAAGCAGUAAGGUUUUCCAGCAAAUGUCUGAGAUGGAGCAGGAGAUUGCUAUUGACCAAAUCACCGAGGCUUCUCGUGGAUCGUUUCUCUGGGCUAAGCUCUGCACCAAGCGUGUUCGUCAUGAGCACAGCCCUGAAAGCUUUUUGAAGACUGUCGAGACUAUAAUAAGUAGUAAAGCAAUGGUGAACGACUUCGUGCUCUACACUGUACUUUCCUCGGGCGUCAGUGAUGAUGCCCGGCUGAUUUUGCUUUGGCUUGCCACCGCUGAACGCCCUUUCUUGCUGAAAGAGCUGGCCAUCCUGGCCUCCAUUGAUGCUCAAAAGCAGAUCAUUACCGACCGUAAGGUCAACCCUCUGGAGAUCUUGAGGCCUGUGAAUUCAUUAGUUUUCUUCCAGGAUGGCCAUGUGUAUCUUCGUCAUGGUCUGAUUCGUACUGCUCUUCUAGAUGUAUUUUCUAAGGGCAAGUUGAUCCCAACCAUCAAGGACCGCCACGCUGACUUUAUUACCCGACUGUUCAUCUAUUUGAAGAAUAUCUCUACUGAGCCUCAUGAACCCUCUAUGAGCCCGCUUGGACGUCAUGAUACUACCAUUCUGCUGCAAAGUUAUCCUCUUCUGGAUUUUGCAAUACGCUACUGGCCUCGUCAUUUGAAGCAAACUUCUGUCUUUCUCAAUGGCGGUGAUGUUCCCGCGGCCAAGGAGUUCAGCAAGAUCUUCCCAUGCACAAUUACUUUCCUCUUGCUCCAGACGACUGUCUGGCAAAACAUUCCUACUCCGACCCUACUGUCUUAUCAGACCACAGUUACCAAUGUUCUUCGUCAAAUCCUGUCCAGCAGUGAUGUGGUCACUCUACAGUCCAUUCUUAUGCUGGCAAUUCUUCAACGCGAGACCUGCCAGACUACACGGGCCAUUCCUCUAUUCUACGAGAUCAUGAACCUGAGUCGUACCUUACUUACGACUCGCCACCUAAUUACUAUGCAGAUCAGCACUUUGUUCCUUGAACUUACCGAUGAGCAGGUCACCACCAGCAAGACCGAUAUCAUGGUGAAGCGCGAAGAAACUCUUCUCUUGCUGAUUGAGUGCUACAAGGUUCACUACGGCAAGAAUUCUGAGCAGGUUGUCUCUACAUAUAAGACGCUUAUUGAGCAUUAUAGUCGCACGAAGGAAGAAGAAAAGAUCGAGGAGAUCACUAUUAUUAUCCAAGGCAUCACUGCUUCCGAAUACAAUGGAUAUGACAAAGACAAGCACGGUGAUCUCCACGUUCACUUGAGAGGUGGCAGGCACGGGGACGGUGAUAUUGGUACUCGUUUUGUCUUGGAUAUCGAAGAGGAUGAAUGCUUAGACAAGUCGGAAUCCUUUGACUUCGAGAUGCUCGUCAAGCUGGCGCAGCAGUACUACGCCGAGCGACGAGUGAUUGAAGCAGAGCGUGUAUAUGUUGAAAUUUGGCAGCGGGCAAGUAGAGAGUGUCGCAUUCAACAUUCUGCCUACUGGGAAGAGAUCAAGUUGAAGUCUGUUGUUGCAUAUUCCAGUUUUCUCAAGUCAGAGAAACGCGAGUAUGAGGCCUGUUCGAUUCUAUCUAGUGUAUGGGAAGAGUAUCGCCACAAUAGUCUCUCUCUUACAGAGGCCAGCUGCUCCCACUUCCAGGAGAUCGCAACAGUCAUGGAAUCUGUCGGACUCUCUGUUGCUGCUCUGUCUAUCUUCAAGCAGUGUGCUCACUACUACCAGAGCACCAAUCGGACUCAGUCUUCCAAGUAUACUGAGAUUCAGAAGAGCAUUACCAAGACAUCCGAGCAUGUGAUGAAACAGGCUAGUUCUUCUCACUCCGUUGUGUCUGAGUCUACCCUAGAAGAAAUUGUCUUCGAGGCUUCCUCAUCUAUCACCAAGAUUGACCAGAGCUCCUUCACUGCUACUGCCACUCUAAUUGAGCUUUACAUCUCUCAACACCGCUGGAAGGAUGCCACCCGCGUUGUCAAAACGGUUUUGCAAGGUCUUUGGCCAUCACUAUUCGCUCCCUCCAUUGAAGAUGUAGUCCUUCCUUCUAAACACGUCGAGAAGUGCGUUGAACUUGCGCAACGACUAAGCCAGUCCUAUCACUACCGUCGUCGCUUCCCCCGUGAGGAGAACAUUCGCAUUCGCGUAUACCGCGCUGUUCAUAUUGACCGCCCUGUCGAUGAUAAGCUGAGAGUGUGCGUCACAGAAGAGCUCAUCCGUUUCUUUGAGUACUCAUCACAAACCGAAAAGGUCAUUACCACUCGCCAAGAGAUCUUGGAUGACUACAUCAAUCAUUAUGGUACUGAACACCCCAUUGUCAUCAAGACUCUGUGGACCCUGGCUGAGAUUACUCGACCCCAACCCAUAUUUGUUGAGUACUAUCAGCGCAUUAUCCGGGCACUAAACAAGGACUCGAGUGUCUGCAAACCGGAAGCAUUGGAGCCUCUUAUAAUAGUUGCAACUGAGCUCUGGACUCAAACUCGUUACUCUGAUGCUGGGCCCUACUUGAAGUUGCUCUUCACAACUUUCCUAAGUCACCCCAAGCAGCCCCGUUUUGAGAGCACGACUUUUGUCCAGGAAAUUUUCAGCCAUUACAUCCACUGCCUGCGCUUCGUUCGUACUGAUUAUACUAUGAUCCACAAGAUCGCUGUGGACUACCAGUCCAAGGUCAAGGUUGUCUUUGGUGCCACUGCAUCAAUCACUAUCCAGGCUACCCUGACCCUUGCCAAAAUCUGCCAGGAGUCUAAGCGUUACGAGCUAGAGGCCAUCGCUCUCUACGAGGAGCUCCUCAAGAUAAAAUGUGCACCUGGAGAAAUUGACUUUGAGGAAAUAUCAGCCACUCUGGAUGGUAUCUAUGAAGAACAGACCCUUCUUGUCACGUCUAAGUCUGAGUCUGUUUCUUCUACCCAGAUUGAGCGCGCUACCAGGGUAUUGCGCAAGCGCAUUACUUCCGUUCGCGAGUCUCACGGCUGGGCCCACGAGGAGUCGCUAUCUAAGAUGAAGGAGAUUGUUUCUUUCCACUCAAAGCACAACGAGUCUGAAUCUGUUCUUAAAGAGCUGAAGGAUUCUACUGUACAAAUCCUGUCAAAGGAGACGUCCUCCACCAGACUUGUUUCUGCUGCUAUUGCCAUUGCUAGCAGCUAUGUGGCGACCAAGCAGAUCACCAAGGCCACUGAGCUGACUCAGGAGCUCUACCGCCAGAUUGUGAUGAAGGAUACCACAAACGUCGAGAUUUCACAGUUCAAUUUGUCGUCCAAGGGCCGCCAGAGCCUUGUUUUCCUGGCGCAACUCGAGUACAGUCUGAGCAAACAGACUUCUACCAUCACCGAGAUUCUAGCUUCUCUUACCACGGAGUAUGUCUACUUCGAGGAAUUCCGUAAUCAAAUCUCGUCCAAGACCUCCUCAUUUCACUCAGUCUCUAUCUCCACUUCUCGUCUCUGGCACUUCCUGGUUAAGAGUAAUCGCAAGGAGGCAUCCGCUCGCGUCUUCAACGACUACUUCGCUUACUUCAUUACCAACGAUGGCAAGCGCACCAAGUUGACCGAGAAACCUCAGGUGACGAUCUUCUUGCUGACUAUUUUGGAUCAUUUCAGCACUCACCAAUCCACGAACUUCAUUCGUUCGGUUGGUAUUGCCAGCAACGUUCGCGUUAUUGAGUUGAUCCGGGCCAAGCAAUACGAGAGUGCUAGUGAUCUUGCACUCGCUAGCUUCCGCUACAUCUGUGCUCACGAUGAAUUCCACACUACUGCCAUUGUGAAAUUUACUUUCACUCUCGGAAUCUUCAUCAGCGGUCGCACCAUCACUCCACAGCCCGAAAAGGCCGUUCAAAAGAAGUUGCACAGUGUUUCCACCAAGAUAAUGACGGAGGUCCUCAGUGUCAUAAAAGAAUUGAACAUUAACCUGGCCACCAUUGGCUUGGAGCACUUGAACGCCCUGAUUGGCAUUCUUGGCGAGCAGAAGGACUACAAGAACCUGGCAUGGCUCCUGAAUGGUCUGUGGGAUAAUCGCAACAAGCAGCACUGGGAUCCUGUUGUCAACCUUGGUCUGGCUCGUCGCUACAUCUUAGCUCGAUAUCUGGUUGGUGACGCUCUCAAGGCCUCCCGCCUGGCCGAGGACAUUGUUUAUAACUGCCGCCGUGUUAAUGGUGCCCGCCACCCCAGCACCCUGGAAAUGUCCACGCUCUUAUCGCAGCUGUACACUGCCAUUGCCCAGCGCUACCAAGCCGAGAAGAGCGGUCAGAACAUGGCCAACAAGUACUACAAGAAGAGUGCUAUUAUUCAUGAAAACUUGCUUCGCAUAUUUGUCGACCCUAAGCUGACAGAAUUUGAGGGUGUUCUCGAGAGCAGUACAAGCAUUGACGGCUCUACCUUUGGGGACUUUGAUGUUGAGGCCAACGACAACAGUCUCUCUGAUGGUGAGCACGUUCGCCAACACUUGCUGCUGCUCAAGCUCGCUGUGCAGCGUCUGGGUGAAUGGCCCAAGGAAUAUGCCGAGUAUGAAGGCUUGAGUGCCGACUUGUUCCUUGAGUUCCAGAAUGAUCUGAAGGAUGUUGAGGGUGUUGAGAAGUGGAACUUGAAGAGCUUUGGCUCUGGUAAGGCUUCUGGUAGUGAGGACAUUUUGGAUCUAGAGUUUGGCAGCUGGGAACUUGACCUCACCCAACCUGAUGAGAUUGAGGAAGAACUAUAG